AUGGGGCAGAACCGCACCGCGGACAGCUCUGAUAACGAAACCCGAUGCUCAGCUUGCUUCGACGCCUGCGGCAAGACUUUCGCCGGAGGUGCCGCCAUGGCGGUGCUGAGCACCAGCGACGUGACGGGGGUGGACUCCAAGGUCCGCUCGCUGCGCGUGGUGUCUGGGACACCGCAGAUCGUUUUGGGUCUUUGCCGUGGCACCUACAACUACGGCGUGAUGGGCAUGGAGGUGACGAGCAUUCGGGCCGCCCGAGGGGGCUGCUUGAAUUUUCCAGGUCACGGACCGGCCCACGCAGCUGCGCUCCCAACAGAGUUGGCAGAGCUCGCGGCAACGAUGUUCCUCAAGGCAGACCUGGCCCCCUUUGACGGCCAGCUGAAUUCCACGGAGGCCGCGGCAGUUGGCCUGGGCCCCCUGGUGCAGGCGGCGGAUGAGAACCAGGACGGCGUUCUGAGCGUGGAGGAGUACGCCACGGUGCUGGCGCGCGAUGCCGAGCGCCGAAGAGCACGAAAGGCGACCCCAUUCAUGUCCGCGGAAUCCAUGGAGGAGGCCGCCAAGACUUGGGCCUUCGCCGCCGAGGCCGCCGUGGGCCACACUCCCGGUGCGGUGGAUGGCGUGGCCGGCGCCCAGGAGCUCUUCAAGGAGGACUACGAAAAGGCGAAGGUCGACCCAGCGGAGGGCGUGCCGACCACCACGCCGCCUCCCGAGCUCGACCCGCUGGGCAACCCCAUCGUCUCCGGCGGCCCGAGCGAAGGCGACUUCGGGGACGUGCGGGACGCGUCGCCCGUAGAAGGAGCCUACGACCCUCAGACCGGGAACAUCAUGCUCUGCGUGAAUGGGAAAGAGUUCCAUGGAGGGUUCUGCUACGACUACUGCAACUUCGACUACCCGCUGGACAUCCUGAACAUGUGCUGGAAGGAGGACUGCCCCGACGGCUGGACGGAGAUCGCUGGCGGCGUCUGCAAGAAAGACGGAUGGAACCUUGAAACCGAACUCAUGGAGAGCUACAACCGCGGCAUGGGUGAGCUCCCGGAGUCCUGCACCCUGGGCAGCUCUUUCGGCCCGGGCGACGCCAUCGACGAUGGGACCCGAGACUUUACGGUUGCAUUUGUUUCCGACACGCAGCUGCCCUGGUGCAGCGGCGACUACAAGUCGGACGUUGAUUGCGCCAUUUUGGAGAACUGGCGACUCAUCCAGGGCCUCCACGCUGUGCAAAACCUUCGCUGGAGCACCGGCGGGGCGUUCAAUGCGUCAUCUGAGCAGGUGCAAGAGCCACUAGGGGUUUUCAUCACUGGCGACCUCACAGCCUAUGCCCACCCCUGGCAGUACCAUUUGUACCGGAAGAUCUGGGAGACGCGAGAGGGCGAGGACGCGAACAAGAACCUGAAGUUGAACGCAUGGCCCGGCCUUGGAAACCAUGACUAUGCCAACAACCUCGGCAGCUGCCUGUGGAUUGUAGAAGAGCCGGUGUGGUCGGGCUACUGGCGGAGCUCGUGCGCGCAGCGCAUGAUCGGAUACAUCCGCUCGGCCGUGGCCGGAUGCGACGGGCACACCGUGGUGAAGAACUUCGGAGGGCACGUGGAUCACUACGACUUCGACUCUGCCGCGUACACGGUGCGCCACGGCCGGAUCCGCUUCGUGCACCUUCACAACUAUCCCACCUAUCGUCGGGAGUUGCUCGCUGGGGUGGCUUCGACCAUCCAGCUGCUUGGGAGCUUUCUGAAGCUGUCCUCCACUAGUCCACCAGAUCCUGCACCCUCGCCGUCAUGUUUCCGCGUGGAGCUCCGGUCCGCGAUGAACGGCGAUCUGCUUGCAGAGGUGCAGCACACAGCGCCGGUCUCCGUGGGCGUGCUGCAGUGCAGUCUUGCAGCUAUGCUACACGACGAUGUUCGACCAGCCUUGUUAUUCCAGGGCUCUCCUCUGAAAGUUGAGGAGGUUAUUCCCGCGGCAACAGUACUUGAGGUGAUCCGCCGACCCUUGACCCAGGAAGUGGCUGAGCGUCUGCAGCGGGCUCGUGCAGACCUUCAACGGCUGAGGCUGCCGGACCUGCAUGAGAUGAGGGGCUGCAAAGUGCCACCAGAACCAAACAAACACCUCCUGUCUGCCAUCUUGCUUCUUCGAAAUGUGCGUGACCACUCUUGGCUUUCCAUGAGCAAGCUCUUGGCGAAAAGGGGCCUUCUGCAAGACCUGGUUGCCUUGGAGCCACUCGGCUGGCCCUCGGGCCAGCUGAGGCCUCACCAGGUAAGCUUCGAGACCCAAGUGGCCGUGCAGCAGCUUUUGGAGCGCUACCCCAGCAGCUUCAAGCCGGAGGUGAUCCAACGAGUUUCCGUGGCCUCGGCAGCGAUGGCGGCGCUGGUGGCAUCCUUCGUGGAGUGCUGGAAACGCCUGAGCAGUAUGUUAGGGUUAGGGUUUAGGGUUGAGGGUUGA